ACCUCACGAAGCUGUCAAAGUGAGCUGGGCAAGUGCGAGGAGCCGAAGGAUUGUGGGCGGGGGGUAGCUAAGUGACAUAGGGGAACUGCGGGACUAAUACUCGACGUAGAACUCCCUUGCAUCGCCUGGUCCCUUUCCAGUCAUGAAUGCCGAGGAGCAGUACUACGCUGCCACCCAGCUCUACAAAGAAUCGUGCGUGUUUCAGAGGUGCCAGGUGCAGGAUUACAGCCCCAGCCCCCCGGCGUGUCUUUACAUGGGGCGUCAGCAGCCGCAACCCCCUUACCCAGGGACCUUAAGCGCCCUGGAGCAGGGCAGCCCUCCGGAUAUUUCCCCUUAUGAAGUGCCCCCGAUCACAGAGGACCCAGGGGUCUCCCAUCUCCAUCUCCACCAUCCCUCUCAGCUUCCUCAUCCGCACCAGCAAACUAUCCCCUUCUCAGAUGGGACUGAGUCCGCGACUUUGGAGGAGCCCAGCAGAAUUCAGCUGCCUUUCCCAUGGAUGAAAUCGACCAAGUCUCAUGCAUGGAAAGGGCAAUGGACCGGCGGCUCCUACGUGGUGGAGCCGGAGGAGAACAAGCGCACGCGGACUGCCUAUACGAGGGCGCAGUUGCUAGAGCUGGAGAAGGAAUUCCUCUUUAACAAGUACAUCUCUCGCCCGCGUCGAGUAGAACUGGCCGUCAUGCUGAACUUGACCGAACGGCACAUCAAGAUCUGGUUCCAGAACCGGCGGAUGAAGUGGAAAAAAGAAGAGGACAAGAAGCGAGGUGGGGUGACAGGGGCAGGAGCAGGGGCUGGCGGCAAGGAACCGGAGCAGGACUGCGUGGUGUCCUCUGGGGAGGGGGCCAAAGAAGAGCUACUACAACAACCUCUGGGGGUGACCGUGCAGUCUGCUUCCCCUGCUGCUGCCUCAGCCCGGGAAGGGAGAGUGCCUCCCAGCCUUAGCAUCUCUCCCCAACCUCAGCCCCAGUGCCCGAGCGCCCAGGCCGCACGGCCGCAGGAAUCUCGGUGAAAGUUUGGGCGCACUUCAAAACCCUCUAGGAAGGAGGAGAUCAGGACUAGCGAGCCCCGGAUGUCUAUUUGCUGGGGGCAGGAGUCAGGAAAUAGUGCCACCCCCUACCCUCCACUGAGGAACUCAGCCACCAUCUGAGUCGAAAGGAGAGAGACCGCGCAGCCUUGUGUUCGCAAACUUUUGCGCACAAACAUCCGGAGAGAGAGAAAAAGAAACUGAAUUUUUUUUUAAUUUAAAAUUUUUAGAUUCUUUUUCUGAAACUGCCUUGAAGUGAUUGGAGCAAUAUGGUUUUGCUUUGAGUCACAAGCCUGGCAGAUGCCUCUGAAACUUCUUAACAGGCUUCCCCGAGCCAAGCUCCGGAGAGUCUGCUAGGACUUAGGAGCAGACUCUUCGAAAUAAAAGUAAAUUAAAUUAAA